AAGCUUCCGGAUGCGCACUAACCUUGCGCACUGCGGAUUGACCCCACGUGGAAGAAAGAUUUCGCAAAGAGACUGCAACAAAUUUCUCUGCACAAUCUAACCUCAUUUUGAGCAAAUUUCACGGAUAGAUUUCAAGACAUCGCUUCUUAAACUAACCCAGGCACAAUGGUGAAGCUAGAGAAGAAGAGUCCCAAGGCUGCUGCACCCAAGGCCAAAGGUCAGGCCAAGAAGGGGAAGGCCAAACCUGUGAAAGUAGUAGAGGAGGAGGAGUCAGACUCUAGUGAGGAGGAGGAAGAGGAGAUGGAGGUCCAGACAACAAAGGCACAGCCAGCCAAAGCUGUAGCUGUGGCAGAUGAUGACAGUGAUGAGGACAGUGAUGAAGAUGAGGAAGAUGAUGAUGAAGAUGAAAGUGAUGACGAUGAGGAGGAUGAGGAUGACAGUGAAGAAGAAGAAGAGGUGAAAGGUCAGAACGGAAAGGCUGCAGCUAAACAGGCAGAGGAGGAGGAUAGUGAUGAUGAUGAUGAAGAUGAAGAAGAAUCUAGUGAGGAAGAGUCAGAUGAAGAUGAGGAAGAGACCCCGGCUCCCCAGGCCACCAAACGUAAGGCUGAGACCAAGGCAGCUGUUCCCGCCAAGAAAGCAAAAGCAGAAGAAGAAGAUGAAGAUGACAGUGAUGAAGAUGAAGAUGAUGAUGAUGAAGAUGAGGAGGAGGAUAGUGAUGAGGAAGAUGAAGAAGAGGACAGUGAUGAUGAAGAAGAUGAGGAGGAGGAAGAAGAAGAAGAGGAAACUCCCCAGGCUGGCAAGAGAAAAGCCAAGGCAGCUGUCGAGGAAGAGUCCCCUGCCAAGAAGGCCAAAGUCGAAGGUGAACAGUCGACCCUGUUUGUAGGCAACCUGACUGAGAAGGUCACGGAAGAAAAGCUGCGCAAGUUCUUUAAGAAGAAGGGGCUGGAGGUCUUGGAUCUUCGGUACCUCACAAAGUCUUCAGGUGUAAGCCUGGCCUAUGUGGAUGUACCAGCAGCUGAGGAAGCCACAGCCCUGGAACUGAACGGUGCAACUCUGGCAGGGACAGAGCUGAAGGUUGAGAAGGCAAAGAGCAAGAAACAAGAACCAAAGAGCCCAGGCCAGAACUUUGGAAACGACAAUGACCGAGAUGCCCGUACCCUGUUCCUGAAGAACCUGUCGUACGACUCCACGAAGGAGAGUGUGAUGGAGGUGUUCACAGACGCUGUCGACGUGCGUAUACCGGUCUUCAAGGACAGCGGACGGCCCAAGGGGAUUGCGUUUGUAGAGUUUGAGAGUGAAGCUAAGGUUGAAGAGGUGAAGUCGUCCAUGGAUGGAGUGGAGGUGGACGGCCGCAGGGUCGGGAUGGACUACGUCGGCUCUAAGGCUCAGUUCACCGGGAAGUCUCCACAGGGCAAGAGCCCCGGAGGGGGGUUCAACGCACCAGCCACCCCCAGUAAGACCCUGGUAGUGAAGAACCUGUCCUACAACACCACCUCCGAGGGUCUGCAGGAGGCUUUUGAGGGGAGUACGGGAGCCCGGGUCAUCAUGAAGCCUGGCACUGACCGAUCCAGGGGGUUCGGGUAUGUCGACUUUGAGUCAGAAGAAGCGGCCAAAGAAGCAAUGGACAACAUGAACCAGUCUGAACUGGACGGCAGAACCAUCAACGUGGAGUUCGGCAUGGCCCGCGGCAGUGGGGGUGGCGGCGGCGGAGGGUUUAACUCACCUGCACAGGUCAGCAAGACCCUGAUUGUGAAGAACCUUUCGUACGACACGGGAGAGGACGACCUGCAGCAGGCGUUCGAGGGCUGCACAAGCGCUCGCGUCAUCACGGACAGGGAGUCGGGCAGGUCUAAAGGGUUCGGCUAUAUUGACUUUGAUUCUGAGGACGCUGCCCAGGAGGCUCUGAAGAGCAUGGAUGAGCAGGAGGUCGGAGGUCGGCGCAUCAGACUGGACUUCGCCCUGCCGCGCGGGGAGGGUGGCGGUCGAGGUACGGAAAUGGGAUGAGAAAUGUUAGCCGUGAGCUGGUGUAGAUGUGUCAGGUGCCAGUGGCCUGGCUAGGACCCUAUACUGGUGUCAGGUGCCCAGGGCCUGGCUGUGUCGGUAUGUGGUGCCCGUGGUCGAAGUGUGGUACUGGUAGUGCGGAGUGGCACGGAACGGUUGGGCUGUCAGGUGCCCCUGACCUGACCUUGUGUGCUGUCAGGUGCCCAUGACCUGACCUUGGUAAGGUGUGCUGUCAGGUGCCCUUGACCUGAC